CUACAGUGAAUGCGGGCAUCCAGACGCCUGACUGAGUGCGGCGGUUCUUUUCCGAUAGCUCGGAUGCCAGUGCAUAGAGAGCGUUCUGCCGAAGCCGAAAGGGAGAAGGCAAAUGUAUAUUCACACGGACGCUCAGGUGUAAGUGAUGCUACUGCAAGUUGAAGUCCUGGAAGUAAAACCGCAGCAGAUUGGGAAUAAACGGAUAGAUCUGCGUUUUCCGUUGCAGAGCGCACUCAGUUCGUUUGGAAUACAGAGACGCAGCGUGGAAUUACUGGAGCCCUCAGUUUGUGAACUAAAGUCAAUUCGUUUUUUACCGCAUUUUAUUUUUUAGCCCAUUUUUCUUAUUUCCCUUCUUUCUUUUCUCUUCUUUGUUUGCUGUUAUGUUUGGUUAGGUUUGUUAGUCCCCCUUUUAUUCUAAUGUUAUUUAGUAUCUGCCCUUUCAGUUUUUUUAUUCUCUCAUCCUCUUAAAAUAGCUUGGGUUCGUUUUCGCGAGGGUAGAUUGUGGUGAAAGAUACUCAAUCUCAAACUGAGUCGUGUCAUGGAUGGCAAAUUGCAUUUGCAUCUACGGAACAAAUCGGGAAAUAUAGAAUAACUACUGCUGACAGAGACAAGGACAAAUGACAUAGGAUGAACACUGCUGGUCAUCUCUGUCUGUCUGUGCUGUCAUCCCUUUUUGCACUGGCCUGGGCUGUGGAGCCGCUGGGUCAGGCUGCCCCCUGCUCCUCUCUGGUGGCUGGGGUUUUAUACGGCUCCUUCUCGCUCAGGGACCUCUUUCCCAGCCCGUCGGCUCUGGCAUCCGGAUGCUCCUGGACUGUGGAGAACCCUGACCCCACCAAGUACUCGCUCUAUUUCCGCUUCAAUCGCCAUGCCGGCGCCUGUUUAGCUUUUUCCCCGCUGGUGCUGCCCCUGGACCACUACCUCUCAAACCAGACCUGUGGCCCCCCUGACCAGCCCACCUUCCCCUCGGACCCUGAAGCCGUUGAGCUCUGCAUGGUCCCAGGACCUCACACCUUCCUGCAGUUUGAUAAGAACUUUGUCCAGUUGUGCUUGACCGCUCACCCCAGCGGAGACGGCGACAGCGAAGAUGGGAUGUCCGAGGGCCAGGCCCCCUUGUCGGCGGAAACUUUGGACUUCCGGCUCGUAGAGGUUCUGCUCAUUAAUAAUGAGAAUUCGAGUCAGUUUACAUGUGGAGUGCUGUGCCGAUGGUUCGAGGAAUGCUUGCAUGUCGGCUCGGGCUGGGAAACCGAGAGCUGCAGUAUCACUCAGACGGGUUGUGUUUGUCCCAACACGGCACCUCCGGUGUCCCUGCUACCCACUGCACCCCACAACCAUUCCUUAGACCCCAGCGCGAGUGUCUUGCAAUCCCCACCCGACGACUGUUGUGUAACACAGCUGCAUUCAAAGAACGGCAUCGCUAUAGCACCGAGAGAUGUCCGGCAAGAGCCUGACGAUGAUGAGCAGAAGGUGAAGACGCAGAGGCCGCGAUCAGCUGACCAGCCGGGUGUGUUUCAGGCCCAGACAGGUGACCCGGCAGCGGAGGAGUGGUCUCAGUGGAGCGUGUGUUCGCUGACAUGUGGGCAAGGUUGGCAGGUUCGUUCUCGUUCAUGUGUAUCCUCUCCGUACGGGACCCUCUGCAGCGGCCCGCUGAGGGAAACCCGACUCUGCAACAACACUGCCACCUGCCCAGGUGAGCCGCAGCAUCAAGCAGUACAUGGGCUGUGGGAGGAGUGGUCGUCCUGGAGCCUGUGCUCAGUCACGUGUGGCCGUGGCUCUCGGACCCGGAGCAGGAUCUGUGUGCUCCCCCAGCAUGGAAGCAAGGGCUGUGGAGGGCCCGAGGUGCAAACCAAACUCUGCAAUAUAGCUGUGUGCCCCGUGGAGGGGCAGUGGUUGGACUGGGCUGCCUGGUCUCAGUGCUCUGUUUCCUGUGGCUCCGGCACUCAGCAGAGGCAGCGGCGUUGCAGCGUGUCGGUUCAUGGCUGGGCGGAGUGUAAGGGGCCGCAUGCGGAAACUCGUGAGUGCACCAACCCGUCUUGUGGGGGUGGAGGGAACUGGGGUGCUUGGAAUCACUGGAGCUUGUGCUCCAAGACCUGUGACUCCGGUUGGCAGCGUCGGUUCCGUAUGUGUGAAGGCACAGGAAUCCAGGGUUACCCUUGCGAUGGCUCUGGAGAGGAAGUGCGCUCCUGCAAUGACAAGAAGUGCCCAGCACCUCAUGAAAUAUGUAAAGAUGAGUACCAAGUAGCCAUGACGUGGAAGAGAGCCUCAGCUGGAGAGACGGUAUACAACAAGUGUCCAUCAAAUGCCACUGGAUCUGCUAGUCGUCGUUGUUUGCUGGACGCUAAUGGAGUUGCUUACUGGGGUCCUCCGAGCUUCGCCCGAUGUGUCUCACUCGAAUAUAGAUAUUUACAUUUAUCUUUGCGAGAACAUCUUGCGAAGGGUCAGAGGACCCUGGCAGGGGAGGGCAUGUCUCAGAUCGUGAGGAGUCUCCUGGAGUUAAUGUCCCGUAAGAAUUAUUAUAGCGGCGACCUCUUAUUCUCCGUGGAGAUUCUCCGAAAUGUGACGGACACCUUCAAGCGAGCAACCUACAUCCCAGCUCCUGACGACGUGCAGAAAUUCUUCCAGAUUGUCAGCUUAAUGUUGGACAUUGAAAACCUUGAGAAGUGGGAAGACGCUCACCAGGUCUCUCCGGGUUCUGUGUUACUGAUGCGAGUUGUGGAAGACUUCAUUCAUCUAAUUGGAGAAGCUCAGAAGCCGUUCCAGAGCUUUCUGGUUGUCACCAACAACCUCAUAAUUACCAUCCAGCGAGAGCCAGUUUCGGCUGUUUCCAGUGACAUCAACUUCCCCAUGAAGGGGAGGAGAGGGAUGAAAGACUGGGCACGCUCUGCAGACGACAAACUCUUCAUCCCCAAAGAAGUCUUUACCUUGUCCUCCGAUGAAUCAGACGACACACCAUAUUUCGUCAUCGGAGCCAUCCUGUACCGCACCCUCGGCUUCAUAAUGCCCCCACCAAAAGAUCCAUUCGUAAUCAGCUCAAAGAUUCUGACAGUGACGGUGCGUCCUUUACCGAGACCAACCGAGCCCUUGGUAUCAGUGGAACUUGCACCUUUGCUCAAUGGCACAACAGAUCCUCAAUGUGUUGUCUGGGACUACGGAGACCCAGAGGCUGGCGAAGAAAACUGGGACGCAGAGAGCUGCCAAACGCUCCCAUCGCCGGCAGUCUCCCACACCAAAUGUCUGUGCAGCAAGCUGUCCACCUUUGCAGUGUUAGCGCAGAAAGCUAAAGAACCGGGUAUGGGGCCCUCGAGUAUGCCGUCUGUGCCCCUCAUGGUGGGCUGUGGCAUAUCCUGUACGGCUCUACUCAUUCUGCUGCUCAUCUACGCUGCCUUCUGGAGGUACAUUCGUUCAGAGAGGUCCAUCAUUUUGGUGAACUUCUGCCUGUCCAUACUGGCCUCCAAUGUGCUUAUACUGGUGGGACAGUCCCAAACUCUUAGUAAGGGACUGUGCACUGUGACUGCUGCCUUUUUGCACUUCUUCUUUCUGGCUUCUUUCUGCUGGGUAUUGACGGAGGCGUGGCAAUCCUACCUGGCCGUGAUUGGCAAGAUGAGGUCACGCCUCAUUCGCAAGCGUUUCCUGUGCCUGGGCUGGGGUCUUCCAGCCCUUGUGGUCGCUGUAUCUGUGGGUUUCACCCGGGCUAGAGGUUAUGGCACGCCAAGUUAUUGUUGGUUGUCUCUGGAAGGGGGGCUGCUCUAUGCUUUCGUUGGUCCUGCUGCUGUCAUUGUACUGGUUAACAUGCUGAUUGGAAUAGUGGUCUUCAACAAGCUCAUGUCUAGAGAUGGCAUCUCAGACAAGUCCAAAAAGCAAAGAGCAGGUCCACCGUUGGAAGCGCGUAGCAGGCUGCUCCUGAAAUGCUCCAAGUGUGGCGUGAUCUCCAGUACCGCCAUGUCCAGCUCUACCGCCAGCAGCGCCAUGGCGUCAUUAUGGAGCUCUUGUGUGGUUCUCCCUCUGUUGGCACUCACGUGGAUGUCAGCUGUGCUGGCCAUCACAGACCGCCGAUCAACCCUCUUCCAGGUGCUCUUCGCUGUCUUUGACUCAGUCCAGGGAUUCGUCAUCAUCACCGUGCACUGUGCCAUGCGCCGAGAGGUGCAGGAUGCAGUGCGCUGCAGGAUGGGUGGCUGCAAAGACGACAGUGAAAACUCUCCGGACUCCUGCAAGAACGGCCAGGUGCAGAUCAUGACGGACUUUGAGAAAGAUGUGGACUUGGCGUGUCAAACGGAGAGAGGACACCCAUUCAUCUUUAAGGAGGUAAACACCUGUAACCCUGCUACCAUAACUGGCACACUAUCCCGCAUCUCCCUGGAUGACGAGGACGACCCCAAGUUGGCAGCUCAUCAGGAAGGCGUUAAUUUCAGCAGCCUGCCUGGGAACAUCCCACCCCCUAACCUCCUGGUGCAGGUACCUGCUUUGGGUCCCUUGAAUGAGCUAAGCGAGCAGCCACUGAAGAAGGAGGUUAAUGUGGAGCAACAAGGCCAGCAUCAGCGAUCCGGACCCAUCUACCUGUGCACCGAGAGUGGGCUGGGUUGGGCCCGACCAAACCCUUCUUCCACCCAGGAUUCAGCUGGCGGAGGUGGGGAAGGGGACUACAUGGUGUUGCCACGUCGGACAGUCAGUCUCAAGCCCUCUCCUCCAACCCGGGAAGAGGGGAAGCCCCUAAACAUUACUGUAGAUGACCCUCCCUUUCCUCCGCCCCCUUCACCUCUGACUCUGCAUCCAGCUGAGAGCGAGGCAUACCCCGCAGACUUUGCAGCUGUGGACCACAUCAGCAUGAACCUAAACCGCUCCUACGGCACGCUCAAACAGUUGCCGGCCCACACCGGGCACACGCACACCAACACCCACACCCUGCAGGUCAAGCAGAAUCGUCCCUCUGUCCGGCAGAUCCUCACCUCGGGAACGGUGGAGCGCACCAGAACCCUUCCCCGCAACCUGGGCAGCACCAACACCAGCCUCUCGGCUGGAUCUUUGGAAAGGAAAAGAGUACGGUACUCUGAGCUGGACUUUGAGAAAGUGAUGCACACUCGCAAAAGACACUCAGAGCUGUACCAUGAACUCAACCACUCCACCAAGUUCCACACCAUAGACAGGUAUAACAGGGACCCUGCCAUGUCCUCCUUCAAGAGGGAAAAGCGAUGGAGCAUUUCGUCUGCCGGAGGUGAAAAGAAUUCUUCGAGUGACAAGUCCACCACAGAUGACCAGCGAUCUUGGGACAGCUUUAAGACCAUGACCCCUGAGCAGACGUGUGGCUCCAGCGAACAUAAGGACAGAUUGGAGUUACGCAGUAAACCCUGGGACACAUCCUCCGCCAACACACCCGACACAUCCGAAGGAGACUUCCAGACUGAAGUGUGAAGAGAACACACGCCUAAAACAAACUGAGAGACAACUAAACCCUCUUACGUACUCACGCCGUCAGUGAUCUUCAGCAAGACAUGUUCUAAAGGAUUCUGUACUUGUUUACAGGUGUGAGGACAGACCAGAGAUGAAGAGUGCUCUAUUCUAUAUUUUCACACAGAGACAUUAAAUGAAAGAGUGGGGCCUGGAGAGUAUGGUAAAACAUUUUUAACGAACUGUUUCCUGUCUUGAUUUUACUCCAGAAAGGAUUCUCUUUCACCUGUUUGAUGAUUUGGGAAUUUAAAAAAUAAUAUUUCUGCACCCUUCUUUUUAUAGAGGAAUAACAAAGAAAAAAAUCAGUACUGAUGAUUCGCACACUGUUUAAUAACCCCUUAGGGUUUUUUUCCUCCUUUCUGUCUUCUCAUUCCUUGGAUGGUUCAAGUUCCGUUUCCCUUUUUCUUGUUUUGUUUUUCAGGGGAGAGGAAGUUUUGAAAGCGUUCAUUAAUAUGUGCCAUCCUCUGCAUUUUUUUCUCUGCAUCAGGCGUACUGUACUCAUAUUCUUAUUUUAGCUUUGUAUUUUUUUUUUGUCCAUUAUUCUUUUUUUUUUUUUUUUUUUUUUUCCUUUUUUUUUCUAAACUUCAGGUAUCAUUUUAUUGGGUGGAAGUAGGUCUUUAUUGUCAUACCGCUGUGUGAUUGUGUUUUAUUUAGGUUUUCCAAAAUGCUUGACAGAAAACAUUGUGCUAUACAGUAUGUGCGAUUUAAUGUCAAAUUUGCAUUCGUUCACACCAGGGAAGCAUCUUUGAUCCAUUCUACACAAAGCAACCAAAAGAAUCCACAUUCCAGUCAUGAAGAGCUUUGGUGUUCCAGAAUGUGCUUAUCCACUUCCAGCUGAGAGCGUUUCCAUUUUGAACCAACACAAAGGUCUGCUGUUAGGGAUGGUGCUAAGUUUCCCCAUUUCUUCUCCAUCUUAAAGUUGUUCUACAUUUCCGCUCUUGCAAAAAGUAGCCCUUUGUGAUGUUUUCAGUUGAAAACCAGUGAUUGAUUCGGAUUUGUUUCUGCACUCCGACUGUGGUGUUUGACAGUUGGCUUAAUGCUAAGCAGACUGCAGAGGUCAUCUUUGCCAACCCGCUCCUCUUUAUAACCAGCUAAUUAGUUGUGCUGGCUGAUGUAACUCCACAUGGAGACUCGGAAAGCAAGAAAGAGAGGGCGAACGAUGGAGAGAAAAAGGUGUGGUAAUUAUCUUGGGGGAAUAACGAUUUGUCCUGACAUUUUCUUACUUGGCGCGAAUUUCAUCUGCUCAAAGAUCCCUGAAGUCAGCAUAUCAUAUAGGGACAGAUGGCAAGACUAGAGCAUGCCAUUUCAACCUUUGCAAGUAAUCUGCACUAAUGGGGAACAUGGGCUGCCUUGUCCCCAUGAAAUAUCUCCAAUCCACCACAGCAAUUAAAACUAGUUUUUCAUCUCCCUUCUCACAGUCAAGAAAGGCUGAAUAUUACUCUCAUAUUUGGGAUAUAUGAGCAAUAUCACAUGAGCCAGAUUGCUGUUUGGCAAAAGAUGGUCACAGUUGUGCUGAUAUUCAGUACUGUAGAGUGAUUGUGAUAUUGCUUUUAACAGUUCAAUAAACAAGAAGUUAAUAUUGCGUAACAUUAGUUUCUGACUAAAUUUGACCAGUUUGUUUGCAAAUUUUUCCACCAAUGAAAAUAGUUCCUAAAGAAGCCAAAGCAUCAAGGUUAUGUGUUGAAAAAGGUGAAAAGUUCAAAUGUGGUUGGACUGUAUCGCUGCGUCUAAAAUUGAACUAUAAAGUAUGUGAAAAACAGUAGAUUCUGAAGUGCGCAUUUAAUGGGCACUUUACUGUCCCAUGAUUGCCACGGGAGAGGAUUUAUGAAUGGCAGUAGAGCAACACAGCUGACACUGGUAGGUCACAUGACAGUAACAAUAUAGUGGAUGUAGUACAUCCAAAUUUCAUUCAUACUACCCAUAAUCAUACUUGAAUUUGAAGUAAAUUCAAAUGUAGUACCUACUUAGUAUGCGAUUUCAGACGCAGCGUAUAUUAGCACCGGCCAAUUAAAUUAGAUUUUUUAAAUGUUUGGAAUUUAGACAAAAUCUUUGGUGAAAGGAAGUAAGUUCAUUUAUCUUUCUGUGCUGAGAAAAGCGAUUUAUAGCCUUGUUUUGAAAGAUCAGUAUGACAAACCAAACAGGUGAGUCAGUUAUUUUAGCUCUGCGAGUUGUUCUCUUCACAACCACGCAGCUGUACACAAACCCUGCUUCAUUUACAGUGCCUGUUUUGUUUUUGUUGCUAUUUUGUCUGAUGCAGUCGUCGACCGUUUCAACAUUCUGUCAUUCCACUCUAAUUCUGUCUCUGUAUAUGAGUGUUGGGUUUUUUCAUAGACGUUUACAGAGCCCUACUUAUUGAAGCUGGAGAAUUACACCCCAAAAUCCUACUUAAACUAACUAUGUUUUGAACAGAUUUAUGUUUUACUCUUAAAAAAAAAAAAAAAAAACUUGAGAAUGGCCUUACAGUCACAUAAAAUUUAUGAGAUGUAUUUUUGUGAGGAGGAUGAUCGUCGGAAAAUGAAUGGUGAACAGCUGAGUGUGGACGCAUUGAAGAAUGAAUAUGUUUUCUUGGACUUCCUGAUAUGCAGGAUGUUUUCUUCAUGGCUUGACAUGUUUGAAACGUUUGGAUCCUCCCCUUGCCAGCACACACAAUCCCAUUGGCUAAAGAAGAUUGCUAUCACAGAGAAUCCUCCUUGCACCAUUUAAGUUUUUUAUACAUAAGAUUGUACAAAGUAGUCCUCUACUGUUUUCAUAGAGUGUCUUUUUAUAUGAAAAUAAAUUUUCAAACUGGUGAA